AGUGUGAGCAUAGGAUGAGGGUGCACAGGGAGAACGCAUAAGGUAGUGACAGAGGCAGAGGUGUUCAGUGUUGCACAAUAGUGCCAGAGGCUGCUGGGAAGAGAGAGAGAGAGAGAGAGAGAGAGAGAGAGAGAGAGAGAGAGAGAAGGCAUCAUGGCAGCGCUCACUGCAUCAUCACGACACAUGGGGAUGUUUGGCUGCUGCUGCUGGUGAAGCCACUGUGUGAUGCGGAGGAGAGAGUCGAGGACUUCCUGGAAACCACAAGAGGCACGCCGAGGAAACAGGUGCGACCAGUGAGAGGGGCCACAUGAUGAGUGGGAUCCUGAAGAGGAAGCUGGAGGAGGGCCCGCCCCCUUACCUGUCUCUGCAGGGCUCCGAUGACGAGGUUUCCUGCAGCGACAGCGGCAACAGCAGCGAUAGUCUCAACCACCCCGUCCCCUCUGGGCUGCUGGACUCUACUCUCCAGCAGCAGUCGAAGCGACUGCGAAGCCGCAACGUGCACUUUGAGAGCGUGACGGUCUACUACUUCAACCGCCGGCAGGGCUUCACCAGCGUGCCCACGCAGGGCGGCAGCACCUUGGGGAUGUCACCUCGUCACAGCGGGGUGAAGCGCUUUACCCUCAGGGAGUUCGCCAUGGAGCAGAAACGGAGCCACCGGAAUAUGUUGAGGGAUCACCUCAAAGAGGAGAAACUCAACGCCAUCAAACUCAAACUGACUAAGAAUGGCACCGUGCCAUCCGUGGAGGCGGAUACCCUGACGCUGGAUGACAUCUCCGAAGACGACCUGGAUGUGGACAACACGGAGGUGGACGAUUACUUCUUCCUCCAGCCCCUGACUACCAGGAGGCGCCGGUCCCUGCUGCGCGCCUCGGGGGUCCGACGCCUCGACGUGGAGGAGAAGCACGAGCUGCGCGCCCUCCGCAUGUCCCGGGAGGAGUGUGGGUGCCGCUGCCGGGGGGUAUGCGACCCGGAGACCUGUGCUUGCAGCCUGGCCGGCAUUAAGUGCCAGGUAAAUGGAACUGUGGUGGACCGCAUGUCCUUCCCUUGCGGCUGCACCAAAGACGGCUGUAGCAACGACACGGGACGCCUGGAGUUCAACCCGGUCCGGGUGCGCACCCACUUCCUGCACACCAUUAUGAAGCUGGAGCUGGAAAAGAACCGCGAGGAGCAGCAGCAGCAUCAUCAGCAGCAGCAGCAGCCGGAGCAGCAGCUCGUAACCAAUGGCAACGGUUACCAUGGCGACUCCUCCUUGGUACAGCAGCAGCAGCAGCAGCCGCCGAACCUGCAGUUCCCAUUGAUGAGUGGCACGCCGCACAUUCCCAUCAUGCACCUCCAGAACACGAACACAGGCGACGGGGCUUCACAUGUAGACGAAGAGGAGGAAGAGGACGAGGAGGAAGAGGAGGAGGACGACGAGGCCUAUGAGGACGACGAGGACGGCAGCAGCGUUUGCAGCGGGCUGUCGGACUGCAGCACGCACAGCUUGGGAACGACCGAGGACGAGGAGGAGGAAGAAGAGGAUGAGGAGGACGAGGAGGACGAUGAGGGGGAGGAGGAAGACGACGACGAGGAGGAAGAUUGGGAUUGCUCGUUGCACGGAACGAGGCCUCCACCCUACUCUGUUCCACUUCCCUCCGUGCUGAGUUACUCCAACAUGAGCCUCGGUAACCCCUUCCACAACACUCCCUCCAUGCAGCAUUAUCAGAUAGACAGCGCCAUAAAUGAAAAUGUCCCCGUGGCCCCCACACUCCCCACAGUAGAGACCGCGUUGGAGUCUGAAAUAAACCCGAAACUCCGCCUCCAAACAGAGCGGCCGAGCGCUCCCUGCCAGUUCACCGACCCCGUCGAGUCCCAGGCGCCCCAACCUUGCUCACGUGUAGACACCCGCGAGAGCCGCGCCGCCCCUGCUGGUGCGGCCGGCGACCAAAAGCCACGCUCGAACAAUCCGGACCGCCAUGACUCACAGACUGAGGUUCUGGCUGGGUCCGCGGAGCAAACAGGGGAGGAAGUGAUGGCGCUGAUCAAGGAGCAACCAGGACUGCAAAAGCAAGGCAAUCAAAUCACAGACACGUCGUGCUCGGGCAGCACCUGAUUGAAGCGCUUUAGAGCGGGAUCGGUUCAUGUUUGGAAAAUCUUUAUUCAAGAAUUAAAACCUUCAACCAUCAGUUUGAUUUAUUCUUGAUAAGUGCACUUCCAAAGAGGGAAUGAGUCAUAAAGACUUUGCAACAGAAGGCUGAAAGAGGUCCAUCUAAUUUGAACUCGAUUUGUCUCCUUUCUAAGAUUGUCAGUUGAAUAAAAUAUAAAAUGUUCAUUGACGAAGCUCAAUAAAACAGUGUUUCUGUACGGUGCUUGUAACUCUAUGGAGCAUCAUUUAUGCCCUCUUCCGGAGUCUUUGAUUACUACAGCAUGUUUCCUGGUUGUGACUGGCAUCUAUGACGAAUCAAGAUUUCGAGGUGCUUGUAUUCUUUCACUGUUUUUCACUUUGCUGGAGUCUCAUCGUUGCUGCUAAUGGUUCUUAAAUGCCUGUCUGUAUAGCAUGUGUUCAGUUUACCUAAGAUGUUUCGACACAAACUGUAAAAUGAUAAACGAUGUCCCUGGCAAAA